AAAAAAGAACAUCAAAACAAAAAAAUAACGUCUGUCAACAAAACUUUAAUUUGAAAUUUGAAUUUAAAAAAAACAGUAGGACAAAGUUAUAUUAUUUUUGAGGCGAACUUGAACCUGAAAAAUAACAGUAAAUAAUAUAGGGGAAUUAACAAUACUUGUUAUGCUGUUAAGCUUUGACUUAAUGUAUAAAUCCUAAAUACUGUACCUGUUCGUUAUGAUGGAAGAUAAAGUGACAACACCUGAACCUUGCCUGAAAAAGCAACUCAAAGGCCACAAAAACGCGAUAACUGCUUUAUAUUACAACCCAAACGAUCAACAAAUUGCCACUAGUUCAUUGGACAACAGUGUUUUACUUUGGGAUCUACGUGGUACAAUGCGUAGUUAUAGGUUUCAAGGACAUGAUGAGGCGGUCAUGGAUGUGACAUUCUCUUCUUCUGGGAAGUACAUGGCAUCUGCGUCUCGUGAUAAAACAGUCAGAAUCUGGGUACCGACUGUUACUGGGAGCACGGGCAUGUUCAAAGCACAUUCACAGACUGUGCGCUCAGUGCAAUUUAGUUCAGAUGGCUCGAAGAUAAUAACUGCAUCAGAUGACAAAGUUGUGAAACUGUGGUCAACCCACAAACACAAGUUCAUAUCAUCUUUUGUGGGUCAUACAAACUGGGUGAGAUGCGCUCGAAUGUCAAAUGAUGGGUCUAUCAUAGCAUCAUGUUCUGAUGAUAAGUCCACAAAACUCUGGAACCUAGAUUCAGGAGAAUGUAUCCAUACAUAUAAAGACCUUAAAGGUCACGGACUACACCUGGCUUGGCAUCCUUCAGGAUGUUAUGUGGCUGUUGCUACAUCACAUGGAAAUGUUAAAUUAUAUGAUAUUCGUACUCAUAAUCUUGUACAAUAUUACAGUAUACACAAUGAAGCUGUCACACAAGUGGCAAUACAUCCAAGUGGUAGUUACAUACUAACAGCUAGUAAAGAUGGCAAAAUGAAGAUACUUGAUUUAUUAGAAGGUCAUCCUAUAUUCACAUUAAGCGGCCACAAUGGACCUGUAAAUGCUGUAAAUUUCUCACCAACUGGAGACACUUUUUCUUCAGCUGGAGAUGACAAAUUGGUCUUUAUAUGGAAAACUAAUUUUACUGAUUUAUCAAGUGAAUCUAAAGAGAAUGAAGGACAGAAUAUGAUCACUGGACAGAGGUCUGCUUCACAGAUAUCAAAAGGGAGUUCAUUGAUGAGAAACAGAAAACAGAUAGUAUGUGAUGUAGUUUCAAAAUACGAAAUUGAAUUUCAAAAGUUAACAUUCCAAGAUGAAUUGAAUUUAAAUCAAGCUUGCUUCAAGCGUUCAUUUUCUUGGUGAUAAGAAAUGGAAUAACCAUUAUUUUUGUCUAAAAAUCAGGGUGUAAGAGAAUGGUACCUAUGCCACCACAGCAUGAAGUAUCCUGUGACUACAUUUGUUCAUUUUGAUAAUGAUGGACCCGAUACUGCUGUUGGACCAAGUUUUCAAGAACCAAAUGCAAACAGUACAGUGAUUGAACCAGAUGGUAAUAUUAGUGUCAUAAGACAUGAAUCUAGAUUAAAUCAAACAUUACCUGAGAAUUUUGCACCAGAUUUGGGACCAGAUCUGCCAGUUCAUUCACAGAGUCAGGCAGAAGAAUUAGUUUCUUAUAGUGUUGGUCACACAAGUCAUAUACCACGUACUCCCCCUAGCCCUGCUACCUACAGCAUACCUUCCAUUAUAAACAGGUCUAUAGGUAUUCAAAUAGAACAAGAGGACUUAUUUGGUAUGAUAAAACUUAGGGAUAAUGAUGUGUGCUACACAAGUGGAACUAUUGAAUGGGUUGGUAGAAAAAGAAGUUUCCCUAUCAACAGUGGAUUUAAAAUUAUAAAAGAGCCUGGCCAACCUGGACCUCAACUAAAAAGGAUGAAAAAAUUUAAUAAAUCUUUGAGUUUUGGUGUAGACAAAUUAAAAGAGUGUGAUUGUGCUGAUGUCUUACCUACUGUAAAUGCAAUUGUAGAUCAUUUGAAUGCAUUGCAUGAAGCUGUAGACCUUAUAGACUUACGUUUAAGCUCUGUUGAGGAUAGAAUUGUCAAAAAUAAUUAGUAAUGUUGAAGUUUCAAUACAAUUAUGUUUAUCAAUAA